GGACCUGGGGAGGGGGAGACGCUCUGUCUGGCUGGCGCCACUCGGGCUGGGGUCACCCCUUCAGGUGGCAUACCGGCUCUGAAGUGGACGUGUCCCCCCGGCCCUUCGCCGUGCUUGGGACCCAGACCUCCCUCUCCCCGGAGAAUCUUGACAGUUAAUAUUUUCAUCCAUAACGAGCGUGCAGGGUCGGGAUGGAGGGCACGGGUGACUUCCUUGUUUCAAGAACGGAAACCUGCUGGCACGGUUUCUAGGGAGGAGUAUCUGCUCCCCCUCGCCCCCUUUCCGCCCUGCGGCUGGCUAGAACUCCCUCACGUCCCCGUCUGUGGACUCUGAGACAUGAGGCCACUUCCAGGAGGGCCUUUUAGGCUUAUGAUGCUUUGUGGGAAAUUUCAGUGGAGAUGUCAAUAUUUUGGCACAGAUGUCCAAGAAGUGACAGUGCUGGAGGGAUUUAACUCUACUUGUCUGGCACAGAUCUGCGGCUCCUAAGAUUGCCAAUAGAUCAUUUAAAGCAUGGUUUAUAAAGAAAGUCAAAUCUCAAGGGUAUCCUGCAAGAUGACUUAAAAAGUCUUACCUCAGAGAUGACUGAUUGAAACAGUGUGGGAAGGAAGAACAAUAUAUAAAGAAGAAGAAACAGGACUUGCCUCAGCAAGCAAAAGAAACACUGAACAAGGGAGAGGAAACCAACAAAGAUAAUUUUAGAAGCACUGAAUGCAGCAAAACAAGAACAAUGGAUCUCAAAUGCAACCACUCCAGGAAAUAUAUAUCUAUCACUGUCCCUCCCAAAACGCAGACAAUGUCACCACACAUUAAGUCAAUAGAUGACAUCGUAGUACUUGGCAUAAAUCUCAGCAGAUUUAACAAACUUACUCAGUUUUUCAUAUGUGUUGCUGGAGUUUUUGUAUUUUACCUAAUUUAUGGAUAUUUACAGGAAUUAAUAUUUUCAAUGGAGGGUUUUAAGUCCUAUGGCUGGUACCUUACUUUAGUACAGUUUGCAUUUUACUCCAUAUUUGGCCUAAUAGAACUUCAGCUUAUUCAGGACAAAAGGAGAAGAAUACCAGGAAAAACCUACAUGAUAAUAGCUUUUCUAACUGUGGGUACUAUGGGGUUAUCAAAUACUUCCUUGGGCUACCUGAAUUAUCCUACCCAAGUCAUCUUCAAGUGCUGCAAAUUGAUUCCUGUUAUGCUAGGAGGAGUUUUUAUUCAAGGGAAGCGUUAUAACAUUGCAGAUGUGUCAGCUGCAGUAUGUAUGAGCCUUGGUCUGAUAUGGUUCACCCUAGCUGACAGCACGAUUGCACCAAAUUUCAACCUGACAGGUGUGAUCCUUAUUUCCCUGGCACUGUGUGCAGAUGCUGUCAUUGGAAAUGUUCAAGAGAAAGCUAUGAAACUGCAUAAUGCUUCUAAUUCAGAAAUGGUUUUAUAUUCGUAUUCAAUCGGUUUUGUGUACAUUUUAUUGGGAUUGACAUGCACUAGUGGAUUAGGCCCUGCAGUAACAUUUUGUUCAAAGAAUCCAAUCCAGACUUACGGUUAUGCUUUCCUUUUUUCCCUCACUGGGUAUUUUGGAAUCUCCUUUGUUCUGGCUCUGAUUAAAAUUUUCGGUGCACUUCUUGCUGUAACAGUGACAACAGGAAGAAAAGCCAUGACCAUCGUACUUUCAUUUAUGUUCUUUGCUAAACCAUUCACGUUUCAGUACGUGUGGUCUGGUUUGUUAGUUGUCCUUGGUAUAUUUCUCAAUGUUUACAGCAAAAAUAUGGAUAAAAUAAGACUACCAUCACUAUAUGAUCUGAUAAACAAAACAGUGGAAAUGAGAAAGUCAACGACGUUGGCACAAACUGUAUAGGCAGUGAUUCAUCCUGCUUAAAAUAGAAUUCUAAGGGAACAAUCAUCAAAUAAUUAAUUUUCCAAAGGGAUUACUAUAAAAACCAAAGGAUCUGAAAGGCAUGCUAUCCAUUUGUGGAUGGGUCACCUAUGAAGUCAGCCUCUUCCGCAGAUCACUUGUUUAACUGUUUGACUUCUGAAGCAAUUAAGAGAGCCACAUCUGCCACACCUUAGAAUACACUGUCAGUAAAGGACUAAUUCUUAGCAGUCUGUUGAGAAUUUCACUGGAAAAUGGACCAUGUUGCAAAACUAAUUGGAUAUCAUUACGAUUUUUCAAAGAAAUUGAUAUAAUAAUAUCAAUCGAUUGGUCUUCAUUCAUUUUGGUGGUGUUAUUUAAAUGAUUCUCUGUUAUAAGAGUGAACAUAUGAUUUAAAGUCUAGAAAGAAUAACUUCAUUAUAAAUAAAAAUUAUUCUGUGAUUUUUUUAAUAAAUGCGUUGUUAGAAUUUUGUUACGAAGAGGGAAGUGAAGGUUACAGUAAGGCUUUACAUAAACUUCAAACCUUGGGCUUUUCUCUGAUCAUUUAAAAGUAUUCUUUAGAGAAAACACACCUUAAGUUUUCUGUGGACUAUAGACAGUAUAACAGAAGGAGUCAUCACCCUGCGUCCUAUAAGUAUGUAUCACAAGAAAAACUUGCUACUAUCCAUCAAAGAAGUGCUACAAGAUUUAAUGAUUUGGAUUUUUUAAAUAAAGAGAAAAUAAUUCAU